UGUGUCGGUCUCAGACGCGCCCACUGUGUCGGUGUCAGGCGCGCCCACUGUGUCGCAGCCGCUGUACGCGCAGGUCCGCGCUGCGUCAUCACCGCAGCAAAACAGUAGAGAAGGAAGCGAGAUGGUGUACGUGUCUAAUGGUCAAGUCCUGGACAGCAGGACCCAAUCGCCAUGGAGGUUAUCCUUCAUUAGCGACCUCUUUUGGGGCGUAGUGGAGUUUAUCGGCCUGUUCUUCCAGUCCCUCGUCCAGCCAGAUUUGUCCAAAGAUGGUAACUCUGGUGCAUCUUCACGCUUCAGCGAUGGCAGAGGGCCUCCUGGAUUCCCCGGGCGAAGACGCAUGGGCAGAAUAAAUCAUGGUGGAGGCCCCAGUCCUCCUCCAAUGGGAGGUGGAGGAUGAGGAAGGUAAACGCCUGCACGGUGAUGCAGGCGUAGAAGAGUGUGAUGUGUUCCUCAGUGGCUGCAAACUGAAUGUAUAAGCUCUCCAAGGCUGGAAGGCUAAGCAGUGAUGAUCUCUUAUGUGAACACGCCCAAGGUCGUCGCACUCUUCACCCUCAGGCUGCUUCUGCAUUGCAGAUUUUUGAUGCUACUCUGGGAAUUCCUGUCAUUAGGGGCCGGAGUGGUUGAACUCAGCAGUCGUACUCCUCUUUUUUCUUUGUGUCAUGUUUUGUCUCUCUGUUAAAUAAAGUUAUAUAUGAGUUUUAAGAACGAUGUGUUACGGUUAAAUAAUAAAGAUGAAGUAUGCAAUA